AUGGAUGUAUAUCUUUUCUUCAGCCUCUCUCUGUUGAUCUACAUGACUAUAAUCUCUGCUAAUCUUGUCAUUGUUCUGUCAGUCUGCCUGGAGAACUCUCUGCAUCAGCCCAUGUAUAUUUUCAUCUGCUCUCUGUGUUUAAACUCUCUGUACGGCUCGACCAGCUUCUUCCCCAGGUUCCUGAUGGACCUUCUGUCCGACACUCAUUUCAUCUCACGUUCAUUCUGUUUUGUUCAGAUGUAUGUUAUUCACACUUACAAAGUAUAUGAGUUGAAUUGUCUCACAAUCAUGGCCUAUGACAGGUUUGCUGCUAUUUGCCAGCCCUUACAUUAUCACAGUAAAAUGACAUUUAGGACGGUUCUGCUGAUUUUGAUUAUUGCUGUGUUGUACCCUGUAUUUAUUGUUGCCUACUUUUUAUAUAUGGCCAUUACUUUGCCUUUGUGUGGAGAUAAACUGCACAGGGUUUACUGCACCAACUGGUCUGUACUUCCACUGUCCUGUGUGGACAUAACUGUGAUCAGUGUAGCAGGUCAGUUUGCUGCUAUUACACUCAUCUUUAUCCCCCUGUCCUUUAUCUUGUACACCUACCUGUGCAUUCUUCUUGUCUGUAGGAGAAGUUCAUCUGAAUUCAGAGGAAAGGCUUUACAGACGUGCCUUCCCCACAUAGUGACCUUUGGGAACUAUUGCAUCUCAGUGUUCUGUGAGAUUUCACUGAGUUGGUAUAAAAUUGAUGCAGUAAAUUCAUUUGUCAUUGUUGCUUUAUCUCUGGAGGUAUUGAUCAUCCCUCCCAUGAGUAACCCUCUAGUUUAUGGCCUGAACCUGCCUCAGAUCAGAGCAGAGAAGUUCAUCUGA